AUGUCGGGGACAGCGGGCACAGCCAUCUGCCUGCUGCGCUGCGACCUGCGCCACCACGACAACCAGGUGCUCCACUGGGCUCAGCACAACGCGGAUUUCGUGAUUCCCCUCUACUGCUUCGACCCGCGGCACUACCUGGGCACCCACCGCUACAGCUUGCCAAAGACGGGGCCACACAGGCUCAGGUUUUUGCUGGAAAGUGUGAAGGACCUGAGGGAAACGCUCAAGAAAAAAGGAAGUACCCUGGUUGUGAGGAAGGGGAAGCCGGAAGAUGUGGUCGGUGAUCUGAUUACUCAGCUGGGCUCUGUCACUGCUGUGGUUUUCCAUGAAGAGGCCACACAGGAGGAGCUGGAUGUGGAGAAGGGGCUGUGUCAGGUGUGUAGGCAGCACGGGGUGAAGAUUCAGACAUUUUGGGGUUCCACGCUGUAUCACCGGGAUGAUCUUCCCUUCAGGCCUAUUGACAGGUUACCUGAUGUCUACACCCACUUCCGAAAAGCGCUGGAAUCCGGGGCCAGGGUCCGGCCAACCCUGCGGAUGGCAGAGCAGCUAAAGCCCCUGGCUCCAGGGCUGGAAGAAGGGAGUAUCCCUACAAUGGAGGAUUUCGGACAGAAGGAUCCCGUGACUGAUCCCCGAACAGCCUUCCCCUGCAGUGGAGGAGAGACCCAGGCUUUAAUGAGGCUGCAAUAUUAUUUUUGGGACACGAACCUGGUUGCUUCUUACAAGGAGACUCGGAAUGGGCUGGUGGGAAUGGAUUACUCAACCAAAUUUGCACCAUGGCUGGCACUGGGCUGCAUCUCACCUCGAUACAUCUAUGAGCAGAUCCAGAAGUAUGAGAGAGAGAGAACAGCAAAUCAGAGCACAUACUGGGUCCUGUUUGAACUGCUGUGGAGGGAUUACUUUCGGUUUGUGGCCCUGAAGUACGGCAGGAGGAUUUUCUCAUUGAGAGGGCUUCAAAGUAAAGAGAUCCCCUGGAAAAAGGACCUUCAGCUCUUUGGCUGUUGGAGAGAGGGCAAAACUGGGGUUCCUUUUGUGGAUGCCAACAUGAGGGAGCUGAGUGCCACGGGCUUCAUGUCGAACAGAGGGCGGCAGAACGUCGCCAGCUUCCUCACCAAAGACCUGGGGCUGGACUGGAGGAUGGGGGCAGAAUGGUUUGAAUACCUGCUGGUGGAUUAUGAUGUUUGUAGCAAUUACGGCAACUGGUUAUACAGCACUGGCAUUGGCAACGACCCACGGGACAACAGGAAAUUUAACAUGAUCAAACAAGGCCUGGAUUACGAUGGGAAUGGGGAUUAUGUCCGGCUGUGGGUUCCAGAACUGCAGGGCAUAAAGGGAGCAGACAUCCACACCCCCUGGGCACUGAGCAGUGCUGCUCUCUCCCAGGCAGGAGUAACUCUAGGUGAGACCUACCCAUGGCCAGUGGUGACAGCCCCAGAGUGGAGCCGGCACAUCCACCAGAGGCCUGGAGAAAGUCCCCAUCCCAGGGGAAGGAGGGGACCAGCACAGCACAAGGACAGAGGGAUAGAUUUUUACUUCUCUCGCAAGAAAGAUGCUUGCUGA